ACCAUAAAAGUAAUAAUACAGAUUUUUUAUUUAUUAUUUAAUCAAUAUUAACUUUGUGCAAUUAUAAAAAAACUAAAAUGUAAGAUAACCGAGCUUUGCAUAUGGUUAAUAGUUUGGUUUAAUCUGUUUUACUACAACUCAGAGACUAUAUGAGUCUGUUUGUUGAUGACAAAAAAACAAAAAAAAAAAACUACAACUUUCUUUUGUCUUAGUUCCAAUUGGUGAAAAAUUACGUAGUCAAACACAUAAUUCAAAGGCAUAGUUUAUGUGAACAAAAUAAUAUUUUAAAUCAAAAUAAUUAAAAAGUAUUACAUUUAUUAUCACUUAAUGUUCACUUCAUAUAACUAUUAUACUAAAUAAAAAAUUCUUUCUAUCUUGUAAUUUUUGCCAAAUAUAUAGAAAUAGUUUUAUUUUUAAUUUAUUUGCAGAAUCAGUUAAUUAUGGACAUUCGGAUACUCAUUGAGGUACAAAUUGUUUCUUUCGAGAUUAUUUUUUUUUGGUUUUGAAAUUAGGCGCCACAUGGAUAUUAUAAAUUUAUGUAUGAGGUUUGAGUUGGUUCCUCCCGGGUCUGAAUGAUUUUGAUUUUGAUGUGUAAAAACAUAAAAAAUAUCUAAAUAACCAAUGUAUCCGAAACGCGUUCGUAUAUUUGUACCAAAAUUAUUCUUAUUAUCCGAUUCAGUCAAAAUCUUUUGAAUACAAUUAGUUAUACGAUAACACAUCUUAAAUAUAUAACACUAAUUAUAAAAUAACGAAUAAAAAUUUAUAAAACCGUAAAAAUUAACAUCCGCACAGGCGUGCGGGUUAAUCUCUAGUAUGUAUUAAAUUUGAUUAAUAUAAAUUUUCAAAGCUAUUACACGACAUGGAUCCAGGCUUAAUAUUUUAAAAAUCCUCCAUUAUUGCUCUUAGUUUUGGUUUUGCUUCCCUUAUUUGUAGAGUUUGAAGUUCUUAAUCUCUCUACCAGAAAAAAAAGAUGUCCGUAUACAGGUCUUACGCGAUCGUAGAACCUUCAAUAACAUAUUACACCCAUACAUUAUGUGAUAAUAACACCGUUACUUAAGCACCACUGUUAAUUAUGCAACCAAUUAUAUAUUUUUUUUUUUAAAUUUUAGUGACGUACGAUGUAAAAUUUCUAGUUCUUUUCAUCUGAAUUAUUUGAUAAAAUAAUAAAGCCAGACUUUAGAUUUACUUCAACGAAUAUCGAACUAUAAUGGAUCGAGGCUAUCGAGCUAAUCAGUUUAGCUGUAUAUACGAAUGCACAUAUAUAAUAUGUUCUUUGUUCUUGGUUAGACAUCACGAUAUAGAAUGUAUUUUUAAGGUUAUUAGAUUUUAAUCGUUCAAAUAGGUUGUUGGUGUAUGUGAACCGACCCGAUCCCGGACUUGUUUGAUUAGAAAAGAUUAUCUUGAGAACGAUUUUAUUAAAACUCGGCUAAACGUUAAGACCAAGUCCAUAUUCAAAUGAUCAUAGUAUUUAUCCUUAAUCACAACUACAAGAAAAGGAAUGGGUCAUGACUUGUUUAUAAAACAUAUUUAACCUUGACCAAGCAUAUUCAAUAUUGCCAUAUUUACACUAUAAAUACGACUCCAGACCCUCUCAUUUCUUCAUACAAAUCACUCUCAGAAACAUUCGAUCCAAAAUUAUAUCAAAAGAUGGCAACACACAAUGUUCUACUCAAAAAACUCAUGAUUUUCCUCUUCACUUUAACCAUCAUGACAGAAACCGCAUUUUCUCGGAACUGCGGUAAAACCGGUUGUAAAGGCAACAUGUGCUGCAGCAGAUGGGGAUAUUGUGGCACAAACGCUUACUGCGGCACGGGAUGUCAGAGUGGACCUUGCAAAUCCAAACCUAAACCUACUCCAACACCCAGCGGUAGCGGCGGUCUAAACGCUGGUCCUCGCGGUACCAUAGCAAGCGUUGUUACCCCAGCGUUCUUCAACGGCAUCAUGAGUAAAGUCGGACGUGGUUGCCCAGCCAAAGGGUUCUACACUCGCCAGGCGUUCAUCGCGGCCGCUCAAUCGUUUGCAGCCUACAAAGGAACCGUUGCCAAGCGUGAGAUUGCAGCCAUGUUGGCUCAGUUCUCUCACGAAUCUGGAAGUUUCUGCUACAAAGAAGAAAUAGCUAGGGGAAGGUACUGCUCACCGAGCACAACGUACCCAUGUCAACCGGGCAAGAAUUACUACGGUCGUGGUCCAAUCCAAAUCACAUGGAACUACAACUACGGUGCAGCCGGGAAGUUUCUUGGACUUCCUCUCUUGAAGGAUCCAGAUAUGGUGGCUCGUAGCCCAACCGUGGCUUUCAAAUGUGCCAUGUGGUUUUGGAACAAAAAUGUGCGUCCGGUUUUGAGCCGAGGAUUUGGAGCCACCACGAGGAGGAUCAAUGGCGGUGAGUGUGACGGUGGACGUCCAGCCGCAGUGCAGAGUAGGGUUAACCAUUACUUGGAUUUCUGCAAGAAGCUUGGGGUCACUCCUGGAACCAACCUCAAAUGUUGAAGACACUACUAGUCAAUGUGGGGUUUCAAGUAUUGAAGUAUGUGUGGGUUAAAGUGUCGAAUAAUAAAGAGAAGUCAUAUACUAUGUUGUGUUGUGUUGUGUUGUACCCGCUGUCAUAUGAGUGAUACAAACGAAACUAUAUCUCAUUAUCUAAUAAAAGUAUUUCCUUGUUUACA